UCACACUCUGAUCAUCCAUCCGCGGGUGGGUUGACCUCUUCCCGGCGGCGCGGCGAGAGAAGGGAAGACUUCAACCCGGCCGCGGUUGGUGGCGCCAUCACUCCCCGGCCCCCGCGCCCACCAUAUACACCGAGGCGUCGUCGCCUCCCCGCACCUUGCGCGGACUCUUCUCCUCUUCUUCCUCCACCUCCUCCUCCACGAUCUCCGGUCAAGCAGAGCACAAGCGUGUGCUAGCUCUCCCGGUGGCUUGCCUCGCCGGCGACGGCGCGGCGCAGGAUGGAGCCGCGGGUGUUGAUGGCUCUUGCGCUGGUGGUGGUGGCGGCGGGCGUGCCGGCGGUGUUGUGCCAGACCAACGCCCAGGACGCUGCGGCGCUCGAGGGGCUGAAGAGCCAAUGGACGAACUACCCGUUGAGCUGGAACUCCGGCGACCCCUGCGGCGGCGGAUGGGACGGCAUCAUGUGCACCAACGGCAGGGUGACGACGCUGAGGCUGUCAAGCGUCAGCCUGCAGGGAACACUGAGCAGCAGCAUCGGCCAGCUCGGCCAGCUCACGUACCUGGAUCUUUCCUUCAACAUCAAUCUCGGUGGUCCGCUGCCAGCUGAGAUUGGGAACCUUGGGGAGCUUACGACACUGAUCUUAGCUGGUUGCAGCUUCACUGGAAACAUUCCAAUAGCAAUAGGCAACCUGCGGAAACUUGGGUUCUUGGCCUUGAAUUCAAACAAGUUUAGUGGUGGAAUACCGUCUUCGAUUGGCGUACUCACAAACCUCUUAUGGCUAGACCUGGCUGAUAAUCAACUCACUGGAUCUGUCCCCAUCUCAACAUCAACAUCACCAGGCCUGGACCAACUUGUCAAAACGCAGCACUUCCAUUUCAACAAGAACCAGUUAACUGGAACGCUUACUGGACUUUUCAACUCCAAUAUGACUCUCAUACACAUUUUGUUUGAUAGCAACAAAUUCUCAGGCUCAAUCCCAGCUGAGGUUGGGACUGUUAGUACACUCGAAGUUCUCCGAUUGGAUAGGAAUGGUUUUACGGGAGCAAUACCUGCUACAAUUGGCAGUUUGGUCAAACUGAAUGAGCUGAACUUAGCAAACAACAAGCUAACUGGAUCAGUGCCAGAUCUCAGCAACAUGACCAACUUGAAUGUUGUGGAUUUGAGCAACAACACAUUUGAUCCUUCAGUGGCCCCCAGCUGGUUCACAUCUUUAACAUCUCUUGCUUCUGUUUCAAUAGUUUCUGGAAGUCUUUCUGGCCAGGUCCCAAAGGGGCUCUUCACAUUGCCCACACUGCAGCAAGUUGUGCUGAGCAACAACCAAUUCAACGGGACACUUGAAAUUACAGGCAACAUCAGCAGCUCACUGCAGACAGUAAAUCUCAUGGACAACCGAAUAGUUUCUACCGAUACUGCAAGCUACAAGAAAACUCUACUCCUGGCAGGUAAUCCGUUUUGCGCCGAGCAAGAUCCCAACAACAGAGCCUUCUGCAGCAGGCAGCUACAGAACGCGAGCCCAUACAGUACCAGUAUGGAAAAAUGCGGCUCAGCUCAGUGCAGUGAUGGUCAGAACGUGAACCCUGCAAGCUGCGGCUGUGCUUUCUCAUACAACGGCAAGAUGGUUUUCAGGGCACCCUUCUUCGUCGACUUGGUGAGCAGUACGCCGUUCCAGCUGCUGGAGUCGACCAUGGCGGCAAAGCUGAACCUGCUCCCUGGCUCGGUCGCUCUCUCAGACAUCCACUUCAACAGUGACAACUACCUCCAAGUUCAAGUGAAGCUGUUCCCAACAUCCGGGGUGACCUUCAACCUGUCAGAAUUGACAAGGAUUGGUUCUUCUCUCAGUAACCAGAUUUACAAACCACCAGCAAAUUUUGGACCUUAUUUCUUCAUUGCAGACCCAUAUGCCCCCUUGGCAGUUGCUCUUGGUGGCAAAAAAUCCAAGAUGAGCACAGGUGCCAUAGCUGGAAUUGCAGUAGCCGGUGGGGUCCUUGUUAUCGCCCUCAUUUUCAUGUCAUUGUUUGCUCUCCGACAGAAGAGAAGGGCUAAGGAACUCAAGGAAAGAGCAGACCCUUUUGCUUCAUGGGCUGCUGGCCAGAAGGACAGUGGAGGGGCUCCACAGCUGAAGGGAGCAAGGUUCUUCUCCUUUGACGAGCUCAAGAUCUGCACCAACAACUUCUCUGACAACCACGAGAUCGGGUCAGGAGGCUACGGGAAGGUGUACAGAGGGAUUCUCGGUGACGGAACCCGUGUCGCCAUCAAGCGUGCAGACCGCAACUCAAUGCAGGGCGCUGUGGAGUUCAAGAACGAGAUCGAGCUGCUGUCCAGGGUGCACCACCGCAACCUGGUCAGCCUCAUUGGCUUCUGCUACGAGCAAGGUGAACAGAUGCUCGUCUACGAGUACAUCUCCAAUGGCACACUCAGAGAGAACUUGACGGGAAGUGGGAUGUACUUGGACUGGAAGAAGAGGCUGAGGAUCGCGCUUGGCUCGGCCAGAGGGCUUGCCUACCUGCACGAGCUCGCUGACCCACCGAUCAUCCACCGCGACAUCAAGUCCACCAACAUCCUCCUCGACAACAACCUCAAGGCCAAGGUUGCCGACUUCGGGCUCUCCAAGCUCGUGGCCGACACUGAGAAGGGCCAUGUCUCCACCCAAGUCAAGGGAACACUGGGCUACCUGGACCCGGAGUACUACAUGACGCAGCAGCUGUCGGAGAAGAGCGACGUGUACAGCUUCGGGGUGGUGAUGCUGGAGCUGGUGAGCGGGAGGCAGCCGAUCGAGAAGGGGCGGUACGUGGUGCGGGAGGUGCGGCUGGCCAUCGACCCGGCCGACCACGACCACCACUACGGCCUCCGCGGGAUCGUCGACCCGGCCAUCCGCGACGCCGCGCGCACCCCGGUGUUCCGGCGGUUCGUGCAGCUGGCGAUGCGGUGCGUCGACGAGUCGGCGGCGGCGCGCCCGGCCAUGGGCGCCGUGGUGAAGGAGAUCGAGGCCAUGCUGCAGAACGAGCCCGACGACGCCGGCGCCGGGGAGGGGGACAGCUCCGCCGACCCGUCCGCCAACGAGUUCGACCGCCACCGCGGCGGUGGCGGCCCGCCGGCGCACCCCUACAGCGACGUGGAGAUCAGCCGGGGAUCGUACGCCGGCGAUGGCGCGUCGGAUUACAUGCCCUAUUUUGAGGUCAAGCCCAAGUAGUCAUCAUUAGAUUGUAAAUUGAUGAGGGUGUUGUUUGUUUCAGUUUUUUUUUCCUUUGUUCUUUCUCCUUUUCAGCUUGUGAUGAAUUGUAAAUUUUGUAUGUGUUGCGAGUUGCGACAGAUUAAUAUAUACUGCUACAGAUUCUUUCAAUUUUUCACUGUACCAGGUGCAAUUAUACAAACAGAUCAAUUACGAUACGAAUUUUAUA